AUGGAAAAUCUGCCUCAAGGCUCACUUAUGCUCAACAGUCCAAACGGAGUAGUCCCACCAAAAAUCACGGAGACUUUGACUCUGCACUGGCCUCUAGUGGAUGGGUUGCUUAACAACCCUUCCAAUGCUAGUAGCCACGUGGACAGGUUGCAUCUUCCAGCCCCGAGGAGGCUGCGCUUCAAAGUGCUGAGCUCAAGCAAACUCCUUGUUUCAUGGAGGGAGCCCAAAGGAGACUUUGACAGCUAUCUGUUCCUCUACAGCAGUAUACCAGGUGGUCAGCAGAGGGAGAUCAUUGCGUCUAAAUCGGACACUAAGGUGUUGAUAACAGACUACAGCUCCUCCAGAGGCUACAGUGUGAGUGUGAUCGCUGUCAAAGGCAGUGAGCAGAGCACGCCUCUUCAGGGCAGACUUAAAGCUGCAGCCCAGAGAGGUGAGAGUGACGGCGGAGACGGGACUGAGCCACAGAGGCUGACUGAAUCACUUGCACAGCCAGAUAAUGCCAACGAGAUCUCUGGAGCUGAUCAGUUUGUGUGCCACACCGAAGCCAUCGCAGACAUCGUGAUCCUGGUGGACGGCUCCUGGAGUAUCGGUCGGAUCAACUUCCGGCUUGUCCGCAUGUUCCUGGAAAACCUGGUCAACGCCUUCGAUGUCGGCUUCGAUAAGACAAGAAUAGGUCUGGCUCAGUACAGCGGGGACCCGAGGAUAGAGUGGCAUCUAAAUGCUUUCACCAAUAAAGAGACCGUCAUCGACGCUGUCAAGAAUCUGCCUUACAAAGGAGGAAACACGCUCACAGGCCUUGCGUUGAACUAUAUCAUGGAGAACUGCUUCAAGCCUGAGUCUGGCUCACGGCUUGGCGUGCCCAAGAUUGGCAUCCUAAUCACGGACGGGAAGUCCCAGGAUGACGUUAUACCACCUGCAGAGAGCCUGCGCAAUUCUGGGAUUGAGCUGUUUGCUAUUGGUGUGAAGAACGCUGAUGAGAAUGAGUUGCGCUCCAUCGCCUCAGAGCCAGAAGACACUCACGUCUACAACGUGGCCGACUUCAACAUCAUGAGCUCCAUCGUCGAGGGUCUGACGAGGACAGUGUGUGAUCAAGUGGAGCAGCAGGAUAAAGACAUCAAGGAGAAACAGGUACCAGAGACGAUCGGAGCGCCGCUCGAUCUGAUGACAUCAGAGGUCGUGGCGCGGAGCUUCAGGGUGUCAUGGAGUCAUGCCCCGGGAGAUGUACAGAAAUACAGAGUGGUUUAUUAUCCCGCUCAGGGAGGAGAACCACAGGAGGCUGUGGUGGACGGCACUGAGACCUCGGUGGUGUUACAGCAUCUCAGCUCUCUCACCGAGUACCAGCUGGCUGUGUUCGCUGUGUAUGCAAACGAGGGGAGUGAAGCUCUGAGGGGAUCAGAAACAACUCUGGCUCUACCCAGAGUGACAGGCUUGCAGCUGUUUGAUGUGACUCACAGCACCAUGAAAGCAAGAUGGGACAGCGUAGACGGGGCCUCCGGCUACAUGGUGCUGUACGGACCUCUCAUAGAAAAUGGAGAGUUGGACGAGAAGGAGAUGAAGGUGUCGGAGGCAGUGACAGAGCUGGAGCUGGAUGGGUUGAACUCUCACACUGAGUACACCGUCACUGUUUACGCCAUGUAUGGAGAGGAAGCCAGUGAUCCUGUAACAAACCAGGAAAGUACAUUGCCUCUGAGUUCUCCCAGUAACCUCCAGUUCUCUGAUAUCAGCCAUAACUCCGCCCACAUCAGCUGGGACCCUGCUCCCCAAGGGGUCAAAGGUUACCGCAUCAUGUGGAACAAGACAGACAAACUAGUCAAGGUGGAGGUCGGCCCAGUGAGCUCUUACGACCUCAGUGAGCUGACGUCUCUGAUGGAGUACACAGUAGCCAUUUUUGCUUUGUACGACAACGGCCAAUCAGAGCCGCUCACUGAUGCAUUCACGACCACUCCAGUUCCCGGUCCCCUGAACCUGCGCUCCAGUGACAUCAGCACAGAGAGCUUCCAGGUCAGCUGGGAUCACUCAGCCAAUGACAUCGUCCUUUACAGACUCUCAUGGGCACCUUUCACGGGUGGCGACACCAAAGAGGUGAUCUUGAGUGGAAGUGAUAACAGAUACCUGCUGGCCAGCCUGAGUCCGUCCACUGAGUACGAAGUCAUGCUGACGGCCAUGUUCAACGAUGAAUCAGAGAGCGACACUGUCUCCGUCACAGAGACCACAUUGACCAGGACGACGACAGUUGCUGCCACAACCACAGAAAUGCCACGUGAGGCUGUGAGAAACCUGCAGCUGAGCGACGAGACCCCCCGUAGUUUAGAUGCAUCGUGGGAGAUGGAAGACCCCCACGUGGAGAGCUACAGGGUCUCCUUUGCUAGCCUCAGGGGCAAUCACCAAGAGGAGUCGGUGUUAGUUCCUGGAGGAGAGAGGAGAGCUGUGCUGGAGCCGUUACUGUCAGACACCCAGUACAAAGUGACGGUCACGCCAGUGUACAGGGACGGACAAGAUGGCAUUACCAUCUCUGCCAUGGGAGCCACACUUCCCCUUUUGUCCCCUGGCAACCUCCGUGUGUCAGAGGAGUGGUACAACCGCUUCCGGGUCACCUGGGAUCCACCGCAGACUCCUACACUGGGUUACAGGAUUGUCUACCAGCCCAUUUAUGAUCCAGGACCAGUUCUGGAGACAACAGUGGGUGAAGAUAUGAACUCCAUGAUGCUUCCGAAUCUCUUAAGUGGGACAGAAUACAGUGUUCAAGUGACGGCCUCCUACCCUUCAGGACAGAGUGAACCGCAGCUAGUGAACACUAAAACACUGUUCCUUGGCGUCUCUGGCUUGUCAACCUACCAGGUGCGUUCCAGCAGCAUGUGUGUCCAGUGGCAGCCUCUUCUACAUGCCACACUAUACAGAGUCUCCAUCCAGUCCACGCUCAAUGGCCAAAGGCAGGAAGUGAGCCUGGGGGGUGCUGCUUCCCGGCAGUGCUUCUAUGACCUCACUCCCAGCAGCCAAUACCAGAUCAGCAUUCACACGCAGAUUCAAGAAAUAGAGGGACCGUCGGUCUCCAUCACUGACAUGACGUUGCCAGCGCCCACUCUGGCUCCGACUGAACCCCCGACCACAGAGCCCCCUCCCACCAUCCCGCCUGCUAAGGAGGUGUGCAAGGAGGCCAAGGCUGACCUGGCGUUCCUGGUCGACGGCUCCUGGUCCAUCGGAGACGACAACUUCCUGAAGAUCACGCGUUUCCUCUACAGCACCAUGGGAUCGCUGGAUCUGGUCGGACCGGAUGGCACCCAGGUGGCCAUUGUGCAGUUCAGUGACGAUGCCCGGACGGAAUUCCAGCUGAGUUCCCAUAGCAACAAGGAAGCACUGCUUGAAGCUAUUCAGAACAUCAGAUACAAAGGAGGGAACACCAAGACAGGUCGAGCCAUCAAACAUGUGAAAGAGUCCAUUUUCACUUCAGAGAGCGGAGCCAGACGGGGCGUUCCCAAAGUCCUGGUUGUCCUCACUGAUGGGCGAUCACAGGACGAUGUCAACAAAGUGUCCAAGGAGAUGCAGAUGGAGGGCUAUAUCAUCUUUGCCAUUGGCUUUGCGGACGCGGACUACGGAGAGCUGGUGAACAUUGCCAGCAAGCCCAGCGACAGACACGUCUUUUUCGUGGACGAUUUGGAUGCUGUGAAGAAAAUAGAGGAGCAGCUCAUUACCUUCGUCUGCGAGGCUGCCACUGCCACUUGUCCGACUGUUUUGAUGAAUGGAAACACGAUGGCAGGUUUCCGUAUGAUGGAGAUGUUUGGCCUGGUGGAGAAGGAGUACAGUAUCAUACCUGGUGUUUCUCUGGAGCCGGGUUCAUUCAACAGCUUCCCCUGUUACAGGUUACACCGUGACGCUCUGGUGUCCCAGCCCACCAAGUACCUUCACCCUGAGGGUCUCCCCUCUGACUACACCAUUUCAAUGAUGAUCCGUCUUCUUCCGGAGACCCCAGAAGAGCCCUUUGCAUUGUGGGAAAUCCUCAACAAAGACCGCAAGCCAUUAGUGGGACUAAUCCUGGACAACUCUGAAAAGACCUUGACGUUCUUCAACUACGAUUAUAAAGGAGACUUCCAGACUGUUACUUUUGAAGAAUUAGAAAUCAAGAAGAUCUUCCAUGGCAGCUUCCACAAGCUCCAUGUGACCAUCAGUAAGACAUCGGUGAAGGUGGUGUUAGAUUGUUCUGCGGUGGGGGAGAAAUCCAUCACUGCAGCCGGUAACAUCACCACAGACGGGGUGGAGAUCCUGGGAAGGAUGAUCCGGUCCAAAGGAAUAGAGAACAACUCUUCUCCAUUCCAGCUCCAGAUGUUCGACAUCAUCUGCAGUACAUCCUGGGCCAGCAGAGAUAAGUGUUGUGAGCUGCCAGCAUUAAGAGUUGAGGAGCAGUGCCCCUCCAUGCCUCAUGCUUGCACCUGCUCCCAGGACAGUAAAGGACCCCCCGGACCCUCUGGACCUCCUGGAGGUCCAGGUAUAAGGGGAGCCAGAGGAGACAGAGGAGAGCCAGGAGUAACGGGACCUCAUGGCUUAGUGGGAGAGAUGGGCACUUCUGGACCCCCAGGGCCGCCUGGUCCUCAGGGGCCCAGUGGACUCUCCAUUCAGGGGCCCCCGGGUGCUGCUGGAACGAAGGGAGAGAGAGGAGAGAACGGUCCAGCCGGACUAAUGGGUGUCCCUGGAGGCCAAGGCUCAACUGGUAGAGACGGACCACCAGGACCAAGGGGUCUUCCAGGAAAUAUUGGAACACAAGGACGACAAGGACCUUCUGGACCCGUUGGAGCCCCCGGUGCACCUGGACCUCCAGGAUCAGGGGGAUCAGCCGGGUCCCAAGGAGAACAAGGGGUUCCUGGUCCUGCUGGUACCAAAGGCGAUAAGGGAGAAAGAGGAGAUGUGCAAUCCCAGGCUGCUGUCCGCGCCAUCGCACGACAAGUGUGUGAACAGCUCAUCCAGAGCCAUUUGUCUCGCUAUAACUCCGUACUGAACCAGAUCCCUGCCCAGGCAGCUGUCUCCAUCCGAACAGUUCCAGGACCACCAGGGGAGCAGGGUAGGAGAGGCACCCCGGGACCCCAGGGAGAGCCAGGAUCGCCUGGCAGACCAGGCUUCCCUGGUUCCAAUGGUCAGAGUGGACGAGCAGGAGAGAGAGGUCUGUCAGGAGAGAAGGGGGAGAGGGGGAGUCAAGGCGUUGGGAGUCAGGGACCUCGAGGACCACCCGGACCUCCAGGCCUGCCGGGUGAAGGACGCACAGGCAGCCAGGGUCCAUCCGGUCGGCCCGGCAACCCUGGGACGGCUGGGAGGCCGGGGAAUCCGGGUAGCACCGGACCAGCCGGGUCGCCAGGAUACUGUGACCAGAACUCUUGCCUGGGAUACAACGUUGGAGUCCAACCCCUGCCUCACGCCGGCUACCGGUCCUACAAUCCCCCUUACAACAACGACCAAGGAGGCGAGGACGAAGAGGAGGAGGAGGAGGAAGAAGAGGAAGAGCAGGACCCCUACCACCAUCGUGUUUACCCCCCUCAGUACUACCCCCAGCAGCCUCCCCCAUCAGUGCACGAUCCCCGCGGGUACCACUCAGGCCCCGCCCACUCUGAGGAUGUGGAGCUGAGGUCGCCGGGCGUCGUGAGGAGGUUUUCACGGGACGUCGUGGUCAUGGAGGAGAGCAAGGAGGGAGGACUUUAGAAGGAAGGAUGGACUCACCUAAAGUGCUUGAGCCCUGCACGCCACAACACACACACACACACACAGGCUUAUACUGUAUACACACACCGGGGAAACAAAUCAGACACUGACACACACGUAUGGGAUAAAUGUCAUGCCACGUUCCAAAAACUGAAAAAGAAAGGUUGAAACUUGAGAUCUGAUCAAAAUAAAUGUUUUGUAUGGUUGAAAUGAAGUUUGGAGGCUGUGCAUGUUUUUAUAUGCUGAAAAAAAACACAACAUUAUUUUGUAUUUGAGUUUUCCUCUUCAAUCAAGAGUUAGCUCUCCAGGUUUGGAACCUUGUAAAUGGAUCUGAUCUGAAAACUGGUGCACGUACUAUGGAAAAACUGAAACGUUGAGACUUGAGUUUUGAAAGGGCAAAUCUUUAUUUUGAAACGAAUGUACACUUGCACUCUUGUAGCAGUCUGUUAACUUAUUUUGUUCAAAAAAUGUAUCCCACACCUUUACAAGAUAGUGAAACUGAUGAUUUUUGGCCCUGUUGUCCUGCACCUCGAAUCUGAAAAAAAAAACAUUUUCCAUGUCUCCAAAACUUAGUUUCAAUCGUGCAAACCCUGAGUUUCAACCUUUCAAAGCCUUUUCUUCUCAAUUUUGGAAGAUGGCAUGGUAUCUGCACACAUGCACAUCUGACCCCCUUCUGAACCUGGGGUUAGAAGCCCCACCCCCUCUCCCUGUGUGGUUCUCCAGCAGGUGAGACAGUGUAAAUAGCUCUGUGGACUCUUGUACGAUAUCUGUAAAAACACGGGGUCCGAAAAGUGCCUGAUCUAUGUUAGCAUCAUCCAGUGGUAAUGCAAAGGUAAGACGUGAUUCCUGUCUUCUUACAUCUGAUUCCAGGACUCAACCCUUCAUGGUGUGUCUUUUUGUUGUGUGAAGCCGCAUGUCUCCUUUGAGCCAAUCAGUGAGUGUGUAACUGGACACGUGCAUCUCGUUUUGGAUUCAUGCAACUAGAAAUAUUAUUUUACAACCCGCACCUUCGAGGAUGUUGGGCUGGCGACAUUUGUACAGGCUGCUUUUUAUAAAACGAUGAAUUAUGUUUCAAUCGCUUAUUUCAAUGUGUUAAAGGAAUAUUGAAAUGGUUUUUUUAAGUGAUUUCUCCGUUACAGUAUUGUGUUGAGUUUUGCUUAUUUGGACUGAAAUAUUAUGGGAGUUAUCCACUAAAAUGAAAUGCAGAAGCAUCAAAUUUCUGUUAAUUUACCUUAACACUGUGGAACACUAAUCUCUUUUAAAUUAUUUUCAUUCAGAGAAAAACUGGCCCCCCCGUUACAUUUUGUCCAGCCAUAUCUGUUACUGUGUCUGUUCUGGGUUUUGAUUGUUUGACUCGUUGGGAAUUAAAAGGGACAAAUCAGCAUCGUUUGUGUCUUGUGUUGCUUUGUUUAUUGUUCUUAUGCAAAGUUGGGCCUGUUCACUGUGGAAACUGUUUUCUCACCUGGAUCCAGAAAAAAGUCUCAACCAUCAGUGUCACCUCUGUCCCUCCUGCACUGCAGCCUGGGAAAAACAAGCACUAAAGUAAAAGUUCAGCUGUGAACUUGCCCUCGUCUAUUUCGACAUUUAAACUGUGGAGCUGACACAGUCUUAAUAAGGAAGUGUCUCACCAACAUGCCCCUUAUUUAUUUUGUAUUUUGUUUGCUUUUAUAACCAAUAAAUCUGUAAUGAGACUCCAA